CAAUCCAAGACCCCCCCCCUCCUUUUUCGCUAUAAAGUAGAUUCUCCGGGGCGUGCUUGUCCCGACCGAUCGAGAGGACCGCAGCGAAGGUUGUCUCUUUUUUUUUUUUUGGGUCCGAACGCAUUCCAUUCCUCUCUCGAUUCCUCGCCUCCGAAGUCCAUUCAUUCGAUCGUCGUGAUUUUCUCCUCCUCCUCCUGGUCUGCUUCGCCCCGCGGCGGAUCCAAAUCCAUGAUCGUGCGACCCCUAUGGACCACCCUCAGGCCGACACCACUCCAGUCGAACAACAACAGGAGGAAGACGAGUGGGACAAUGAUGACUUUGUAAUUCCAAGCUUGGGUAUAGGUGAACUAGAUUUAGCUGGAGGUACUGCACCAGAGGUAGAUACGCCAUCACCUUCUUCUCCAAAGGCAAAAAAGGAAGAGACCAUUUACCUGGGACCACACGGCGCCCCUCCGUCACAAGCAAAGAGUCAGACACUGAACUCUUCUGGCCGCAAGCAGCGUCUCAAGCAAAAAUUGAAGGAAGCAGAUAAAAGAAUCAUUGGCUCUGGGAGGGAGAAUAAAUUAGAGAACAUAAGGGAGCUUGUUGGUGACGGAAAAGCGAGUUCCAAUAUGUCAAAGGGUUCCUCUAGGGAUUGGCUGGAUCCACACUGUCAGGAAUCCCAGUUUGAGAAGUGGUGUCCUCAGUGAGAGUAAAGGUUCCAACAGCUCAAGACAUUUUCCUAAAAUAUUGAAUUGUGGCGACCUCUGUUAUAAGGCUUGAUGCCUGUGGAGACUUUAUAUACUCCAAAGCAAUGUACUAUGACGCUAGUCUGUCAGCUCGACUUUUUUGUACUGUUAUCAUAAGAGCACCUGCAAUAAUUGGCUUACAUGAUCACUUAUCGAGCAUAAAUAAGAGCUUAUGUUUCUCAA